AGAGGAGAUUUUGAUAAAUGCAAUGGAAGCUAAAAAAGUAGCAAUGGAUGGAUCAGAAAACUCGUCAGAUUCUGGCUUCAGGAGUUCUGCUACUGAUAAUCCUCAUAGUUUGGAUAAUAACUUCCAAUGCAAGUGUAACAAUAAUCACAAAGAUUCUGUGACGGAAAAGACUAUAAUACAGUUGGAUGAAACUUAUAAUGAACGAUGUGUAGACGAGAAUACAAGAAAGAGACCUGCGAUUGGUGACUCAGAAGCAACUAGUCCAAAGCGGCUACAUUUGGAUCAGUCAAACAAUGAACUGGAGUUUACUUUAAAAAGACAAAAGUGUAUUAGGAGGAAGAGACCCCAAAGCAUUGAGAAGUCAAAUAUUGCAAGAAACUGUUACUUGGAGACCAAGACUUUAGCAUCCCUUGUGAAAAGAUCUACAGAUUCUUUUGACUCGGUAUCGAAAGACGGAUUUGUGGCAAAGAGCUCAGAGGUAUUUAGGAUAUCGAGGCCUCAGACUUAUCAUAAUGGACAAAGUCAUCAGUCAAAGGUCAAUGGCAACUGUUCAGAAAAUGGUUUAACUGCCUUAAGUAUACCAAUGGUUGAGGAAGAUUGUAAUAUUGGAAACAAAGGUACAUCAACUAGUAGAUGUUCAAAAGGAUAUCCCCGUAGUAUUAGUGAUUCAAUCAAACUUUCAAUAACUAGUGGAGAAUCUAUAGAUGAAAAUUGGAUCUGGAAAGAUAACCACGAGCAAAACAAAACUUGUAUUGUGAAAUCUGGAGACAACAGUAGUUCUGCACGACCUCAAAGCAACAAUAAACACUCUUGUGGGGAAGCCUCUCAAUCAAACUCGAGUACUCUCACGGAGUUGUCAUGUAGUAGCUUUAAAAGUAAGAAACUACAAAUCACUGACAACUCCAGUGUGGAGAAGGGAUGUUAUAUGGAAACAAGAGGCCUACCAAGUAGCACCUUUACAGAAGAAUCCUAUUCUGAUCAUAGAAACAUACGGAAGUGUUUGGUGUUUGAUCUGUCGAACAAUGAUACGAGUUUAUCGGAGAUUUCCAGCAGGAGUGGAGUUGUUGACGUCAAGGGAUGCGUGGAGUUGAAGAUAUAUGGGGAAGAAGAUGCAGUCUGCGUUGAUGUUGUCAGGUGUACAGACCUGUUUCGGCCGAACGGUGAAAAAAUAAACGCCUACGUCAAGGUUUGCGUGAGUGACCGGUUAGGGGCAAGAAAGAAGAAUCCAGGACUUCAAAGAACUGCAGUCCAUGCAGAAUCUGCAAAUCCCUACUUUAACCAAACAUUCAAGUUUCCACUAGCUCAAGAUGACUGUCAAAGGAGGGUGCAUACAGAAGUUUGGCAUAGGGAUAGAGCUAACAGAAUAAGUGAGUUCCUGGGAUGUGUCUCCUUUGAUGUGGAACAUGUUGUUAAGGAGGGCUCCAUCAGCGGCUUGUACCUGCUACAACCGCACCGUCAGGGCCGCAGCAUAACGCCGCCCCUCGCCUUGUCGGCUGGGGGCGGGACGAUGAUGCAGCAGUGCAGAGGCGGCGACGGGAGCGGCAGUGUGGGCGGAGCUUUCGAUGACGCCGUCUUCCUGGACGACGCCGCGUGCGCCGAUGAGCUGCUCAGCAGGUCGGCGACUUGCGACGAUAAGCAGGCGUUGGAUGAGCAGCAGAAGUACGCUGAUGAACACCUCUUUCUCAGGUACCUGGAGCUAGACCCGACCGAAGGUCCUGACGCCACAUGCGCCGCCACUCAACGCACCGCCGCGGCAGCGGCAGGAGGCGGCGCCACCCCUCGUCAAGGUCGAACGCCGUUCACACACACCAAACGGCUAGUUCGGUCCCGCCCAUCUGGAGGAUUCGGCUUCUCGGUCGUGUGGACACGCCCACCAAGGGUGGAGCGAGUAGAAAGAGGCGGAGCGGCUGAUAAGGCGGGGCUGCUUCCUGGCGAUUACAUUAUCUUCGUGGAUCGGUUCAAUGUGGUUACCAUGCCGGAGGUCGACGUGCUCAGUUUGAUUAGAUCCUGCGGCAACCAGCUAACACUCGAAGUAUUCCGCCGAGCAGGAGGCGGAACAGCUGGCAGUACCUCCCGCAACGGCUCUCUCCCCACUGCAAACAAACGCCUAUCAGCAUCCUGCGCCCCGUUGUCCCGCCCAUCCAUCGCGGCCCCGCCCACGCGCCGUCCCUCCACCGUAUGUUCCACGACCGCCCACACGACAGUGACGGAGUACGGAGGGGCGGGCAGUCAAAGGAGGCGGUUACAAUUGGCCACUACGCCUCAAGCUGUCGCCUUCUGUACGGAGAAAUCAAACAAUCCAGAAGAAAAUCGUCGGAAAGCAAUGUAUCAACUGAUCAGCAAAGAGCAACAGUAUGCGACUCACCUCCAGUUCGCCAUCUCUAGGUUUGUCUCAGCACUGAACGAACGCAAAGAUCUCAUCACUCCUGCUGAGCAUAAGCUGUUGUUCCAGAAUUGCGAAGAGAUUCUUCGGAUAACAGAAGAUAUCCUCGACACCUUGAUUCAAGAAGAUGGCGAGCCCCAAAUUCAUCUAUUAGUGAGAACUUAUCAUAUGAAGUUGCACGAAAUAACCACCGGUUAUAGGAAAUAUUGCUCAGGAAUUAAGAAGGCGGAUUGUAUAUUAGCGAAUAAAACGAAAAAUACAAACUCGGAAUUCUCAAGGUUCCUCCAAGUGCCGCAGAUACCAAGGAGGCGACCCGACAUAACAGCCUUCAUCCAUAAACCUCUCGAGCAUUAUCGGGAGAUGCUUCGGCUGCUCACCACCAUCCAGGGUAACACCAAAUCUAACCACGAAGACUUUCCUGUGAUAAAUAAAGUUGUGCACGAUUUACAGUUAACAUAUAGAGAAAUAACUGCCGGUUCUGGACUCAUGGAACCAGUAGGAGAGGGUAGACCCUUAUUGACAGUACAAGAUUUAGAAAAUAGGCUAGUUUUUACAAAAUGUAAGCCGUUUGUGCUUAACAAACCAGGCCGCCAGUGGAUCUUCGGUGGAGAUCUGACUCGAAUAGAGGGUAAGAACGUCCGGCAAUGUUGGGCUUUGCUGUUCAGCGAUCUCUUACUUUUUGCCAAGGCAUCAAGAGAUAGGGUACUUUUUGUAAUCGAAGAACCUAUACCACUCGCAAAUGUAUCGGAUGUUAUUUUCAACGUCAGGAAAAAAGACACGGAGUUCCGUCUGACAAUCAACCCCGAAGGGAAAAAGGCCAGCAGCCCUACAGCCCAUUGUGGUCCGGAUCUGAGCCGGACCCCAAGAAAGGGUGCAGGUAGAAAGACGGUCCUAGCCCUAAGGGCGCCCACACCUGAACUGAAAGCAGUAUGGCAGAACUUGCUCCAGAAGCAGAUCUACCAAGCAACCAGCAACAUGGACGGCAGCUCGCCAAACUCGCCCUUGGAGUCUCCCGAAGUGCCCAUCACCUCUUCGAUAGUGACCCUGCAUUCUACUGAGUCACUCUCGGCGGUACGUCGACAGACCCCCCAACCUCCCACGUGCCCCGCCAGUGAGGCUCAGAGGCAGCUGGACCUCAUCAUCGAGCACAAGUGCAAACAGCUGCGUAGGUCCUCCAACUGCAGUAAUCGGUAUAACGCUAUCCAUCUUGAGAGGUGGAUGAAGGGCCAACUGGAGUCCGAGCAGUUCCCAGAUGCCCCCGAGAUGGACUCCAUUGACGAAGAAUGGACCGAAGAGCAGUUGCGCAAGAGGUCCGAGGAGUUGCAGCUUAUCGACAAGGAAGGUAACGUGACAUGUAAGGAGGUCAAUAGAGGUGAGAGCAGGUGUGAAGAGGAAAUCAUUCUGUCCGAUCAUAGUCCGUCCAAGAGCACUACAACCGAGAGUCAGGUAACCGUAAGGUCAAGCCCCCAGUUCCCAGAAACCGUACCAGUAUGUCGUCAGUGCCACAAAAAUUGCCUUAGUAAUAACGGUAGUAUCAAAAAUUAUAACGACUGCAAUAGCAACAAAACCAGUCCAAAGCUUGAAAACUCAGGAAACUGCAGAAAAACGAAGAAUGAUAGGGACUGGCAACCUAUGAUGCAUUCAGGUAUCACCACAAAUAGUUAUGUGACCAUAGAUCCGUUUUCAGUUCCUCUAAUUCCUAAGAUAUCAGUGUUGCCAGCCACUCCGGAAAAUUCAACGAAGACUGCAAGUUCUGAGAACGAUAGAGAUGAAUCAACCCAGUGCCAAACUGUUAACUGUAAUCAAAAUUCUAGCUGUAGUAGAGUGCCAAUCAAUCUGGAAUAUUCUAAUGAAGUAGACAAUUCGCCAGACGAUUCACCUCAAACUGAAGAGCAUCCUUAUCAUUCACUUAAUAGUUCGGUAACAACAUUACGAAGGUUUGGAACGGUGUCCAGUCUUGAACGUGUAGGUUCCGACGAACGGGACGAAGAAAACGUCCAAGAAGAUGAGUCAAAAGAAGAAGAUGACGAGGAAAGCGAGGAUGAUGAUGAAGAAGAUGAAGAUGAUGGAGGCGUCGAUAACGAAGCCUUUUAUCAAACGUCAAUCAGGCAUUGGACCAUCAGAGCCGGGACUUUCGUCGCUGAAAAGAUGGCCUUCUUUGAGAAACUGGGGGAAGAUUACAGGACGGGGGGAUUUUUUGACAGAUACCUCAAGUCUCCCGACAAUCCAUUAAAUGGAGAAGAGCAACAGGAAGAAGAAACGUCAGGUGGUACAUCUGGAGAAGAGAUCUGGGGCACACCAACAAGUGGCGAAAUGGAUGAUAACCUUUCACCUUAUGAAGAUAGACAAUCGCCUAACGAAGGUUCAGUGAACUCGGACUACGCCGAUGACACAGAGUUGAUGAUGGACGAACUGUUGAUGACACCUCCGAUCACUGGAGCAGUGAUGAGAGGAUUGCUGCCCCGCAGGACCUUGGAACCCCUCAUUGAAGAGGAAGGAAGCGAAACUUCUUCGUCUUCGGAUGGAAGCACCACCGAACCAUCGGGGACUAAUAGUGAACAGGUAGGGCAGGUUACUCACCACUGGCGCUGUUGCUGACACAUGUUCGGCUGUUGCUGCGGGAGCGGCAAACACAGCGGCAGACGCGCAAGAAGGAGACACCACCGACGGCUCCUCCGCAACCGGAGGCAGCGAGACUCCCCCGGGAACGCCUCCCAACUCACCGGAAACAGCAGCGGGGAAUGCCGAGGGGGUUCAGAGGGUAGAAGAGCUGAAUCAGGAGGAGGCGAUGGUGCGGAUACAUCGAGCGGAGAGUUACAGGCGUAUAGUCGAAGCAGCAGAAGAAGACUUGUUGCAGCAGGGAGAAGCAUUCUUCUUCAAUCGGUUCAAGCCGGCAGCGAAGUUCGUCAGCAUUGAACGAGUACCCAGAUCAAAAAGCAUUAAAAUUUUUGAAUUCUUCAAUGUCAGGAAACCGGAAAGGAGAAUAUACGAAUCAUUUCCAGAAGGCAGGCAGUAUCUUCAGUUCUUCCAUAAGGGUGAAUCCAGCUCCAGUGCAACUCCCGAUCUGCUAUCAACAAAGCCGACUUCGCCCAGAAGACUCAGGGAUAAACAGCUGGAUAGAAGAUUCUGGAAACAACUGAGCAAGAGAAGAAGUGCUAAAGUCAGCAAUCCGGCCUAAUUGUGUCAAUCUUAGCUAGAGUGUUACAAGUUGAAAAACUGAUCGUAUCGUUGAAAUUGUUGAAAUAUUAGUCGAAGCUCAAAAGUGAUGAGAGUGCAAGAAGAAGUUUUUGGAACACUGUUAAAUAUAAUUCAAUAACUCUUGCAUGGUGCGUAUUUUGAAUUUGUUCUUAUAGAUUUAGGCAAUAUACAAAUAGAAGCACACUGUGACCUGUUGAAGUGAACCUAAGUGACAAUCUAUUUAACAUAAAAAAAUGUUGAGUAUUCAGAAGAGCAUAACACACGAAGAUUUGUACCUUUUUUUUACCCGAAAAUGCAUAACAUAAGAGGACAAGAGUUAAAACAUACAUGGGAUUAAUUGCGACGUUGAUGGCUGACUUUGAGGUGAUUUCUUUUAGAAAGGAAGUUUUUUCGACAAAAAAAGUUAAUUUUUUCGUUAUGAAUGUAUUUUUUAUCAGUGGACUUCUAAUUGGUUAUAAGGCAAAAAUGUCCCCUGGCGACGCUUUUUUAAAUAGUUACUGUACAAAUAUCUUGUAUCUGUUUCAAUACGAUUUCAAGCAAGAGAAUACGCUCAAUAUGAAGCCAUUUAAUUGGUCCAAAAUCGUUGGAUAGCCCGUUAAAAAUGGCCAUUUUUUAGAAAAAUUAACUAUUGGAUAUUUGUAUUAAACGUUCAGAAUUUGUGAAUCAUAUUUUUUUUGAAUUUCAAGCAGAACAAAGGCUUUUAUUUGAGAUUCACCGUUAUCCAUUUUCCUAUAAAAAAUAAAUGUGGAGAUAUACGAACGUUGACAUCCUUUUUACAACCUUUAAUUUCACUUGACCUAUUUGUUAGAGAGGGACAAAUAUUGGGUUUAAUUUUUUACCAGAUAAGCAGUUGAAAGUUUGUAGACACGUUAGGUUCGUGUGACAAUACACAAAAAAAACUAAUUGCCACCAUUUUGGGUCCAACAUCGUGGAUGCUACAAAAUGGACAUUUAUUGUUUCUAUAGUAACGCUUAUGGUACGGGUAUCAAAUGAAAAGGCAACACAAUAAGCAAGGUGAUGUCUAAAUCCAAGUAUUUUCCUAGUCACCCCUAUGAUAUAUAGGCAUCAAAUAAGAGGACUUGGUGACAGAAACAUAACAAUUAAAAUUACGUAAUUCUAAGUCCAUUUUGGUGACCGCUGCGAUUUAUGAUUUCCAUAGUCACUCAUAUAGAAAUGAGGAUAAAGGUUUGAUGAAAGAAACAUGAUAAGCAAAAAGACGUCAUUCUAAAUCCCAUAUGGGGGUCGACGCAGAAUAACGAUUUAUCGUUAGGUAUAUGAUUUAUGUCUAUCGAAAUUUUAUAAUUUAUUUAAUAAAGUAAAGAGUCAUAUUAAUAAAAUAGAUAAAAAUAUUUUAAAAUUUUUAGUUUAAUCUAGUGACAAAAGCUUGUAUUUAAAAAUGCAUUUCUUCUCUUAUUUAUCCAAAAUAAAAAAUCCAUCGUUAUCAUUCCCUAAAACUUUUUAUGUAAUUUGUUUGCAAGACAGGUUAUUACAUUUUUUUUCUCAAAUGAGGUGGAUCUUUGGGUGAUAGGGCAAUUUAUUUUUUUGCUGUUUGAACUAAGUACAGAUAUCGUAUAGUCCAAAGUGUUAUCAUUUUCUUGUAAAGCUGAAGUUUGCGUAUUGCCUAAACCACUAAAAUGCCUUUUUAGCUAAUUCGGCACUAACUAGUUGAUAAAAAUACUUUUUUCUAAGCUUCAAAUUGUUGUUAAUCACUUUUAUAAAUCAUUUAUUGUAGUUAAUGACUUGAAUGAAAUUUUUUAGAAUGUGGAAGGUAGCACUAGCUGAUUGAAUUUUCAAAGUUCCGUCGUGUACGAUUGUGAUACUAAGAAAUGGAUUUUUUAUAAAUAAAACAUCCAACAAUUUGUUAUGUA